CUCCGGACUUGCCACGCGACGGUUACGUAUAUUUUUCCCGCAAUUUUCCCCAAAACGCGAACUUUUACGAGUGUUACUGUGUUUACGUGCGCUCCCUCAGGAGAGUUGGGAUAUUUGUGAAGGUUACUGAAAGCCAAGGGAACAUGGAGUCGAUCGUUCAAUAUUUGCUCUUAGCCCUUGCUCUGACUCUACUACAAACAUCGCUCACCGAGAGCCGGCUAAAUGAAAAACGCAGAGAUAAAAAUGAACGCAGAUACCACACGGCGCAAGUCAAAGACAACAUAUGCGACAUAACUGACAGAGAAUCCAAAGUACACUGUUAUUGUGAAAAUACCGACGUGAAAACAGCCACCAGGGCAGAUUGUUGGGUGUUCAAUGGCGGCAUAGAUGAAAACGAUCCUAUUUGGUCCAGUUUCCACUCCCAGCCGUAUUUAGAACGGCUCACUUUCAACGUCAGAUCAAACGGAGCCUUAAAGUUCAUCCCUCUACAAGUAAUACACCGACUCAAGAGAUUACAGAAACUUUACAUCCAUUACGCAACGUUAACAAAGAUAGAGAAGCGGACGUUUUCAAACAUGACAAUGUUGAAAGAAAUAACGCUAAUGAAUAACAAAAUAAUCGAAUUGGACUUUUCCUCGUUCACGAAUCUCCCCGCGCUCGUAAAUCUGACGAUAAAGGAGAAUAAAGUAACCGAGAUUCAGAGGGACGUGUUUGUUGAUCUCCCGACACUGAAAUACCUCGAUUUGUCUUUUAACAAUAUUAAUUUGGCUCACGACGGCUGUUUCGAGCAUCUGACGGUGCUUGGCGAUCUGAUAUUGGAAGCCAAUUUGAUUACGGUGCUCACAAGAGAUACUUUCAGGGGUUUGGCUAAUUUGACAAGAUUGGAUCUACGGUCCAACAAGUUGUCAAUGAUAGGCGAUUUGACAUUUACCGAAUUGUGGAAUUUGAAUGAGCUCCUUUUGGAUAAUAAUGAAUUGAAAUAUCUGUCUGAAAGGGCGUUCGAUGGAUUGGUUUUGCUACAGAAAUUGUCAAUGACUGGGAAUAAGUUGAAGGCGGUUAAUGAAGGACUCUUAGAAGGUGUAAGAGGACUUGAGUUAUUAGAUUUGAGGAAUAAUGAGAUAGAAGUGUUCACAAUCGAAAAUAUCAAGCCGAUUCUAGAAAAUUUAAAAGUGAAAACGUCGGUGUUAUAUUUGAGUGGGAACAACCUCAGCUGUGAUUGCCGCCUGUCCUGGAUCCAGAUCCUCAGAAAUGAAACGAAGAGUGAACCUCUUAAAGCAGCCCUCGACGAUGUUACAUGUCUGCUACCAAAUACAGAAAAUGUUCAAAACACUAACCAAUUGAACGAACCACCUAAUGACAAACAGAAUGACCCUGAUAGUCUAUUAGUUGUUUCCAAAAGUGAAUUACAACAAGAUGGGAUCGAAGAAGAUGUCUACGAUGAGAACAAUCAAAGUUACAAAGUAGAACCAACAGUACAACCAGUGAUAACAAACGAAGUAUUCGCAGUAAAUCUACCAGCAGAAUUACUGGCUUGCUCAAGAGAUAUGGCUCAAAACAGAGAAGAUUCUUUAAUGCUGUCUUCGAGUUACUGGCAACCAAGUUCGAGUUUUAAAAUCUUGUCAAAUCUAUCACUAGUCCUAACAUUAGUGCUCAUCAAUUUAUUUCAAUAACUGUAAAUGUAUUAAAAGACAUUGCUUGUGUGAUUUCAAAAGUGAAUUUUAUACUAGCUUCGUUUUGUACUUCGACUGCCUUUGCUUUUCUAGAUUGUAAGAAAGAAGACUGGUUAAGAUAUUUAAUUAAAUUAUAGCGAUAGAUUUUUCCAACUGGCUAUUAUAUGUUGAAAUAUAGUCAAAAGAUUUGAAAUCAACCUAUUGUAAAACUUCAAUUAUUUUACAUGAAUAAAUUUUAUUUCAUGAUUAAUAUCGGAAAAUAAGGCAUGUAAAAGGAUUGAAUAUCCGAAAUGAACUUACUAUGUAAAGAAUCUUAUCAAUAUAGUACCAAAUGAUAAUGCCCGUAUUCGGCUUGUCCUUUUCAGCCUCUGAGCUGGCUGGCUGUGAUUCAUAUGUUCAUACGUACAACAUGAUGUGUUCAUAUGUUCUAAUGUUCAUACAUAUGAACACACGAACAUGAUGUGUUCAUAUGUUCUAAUGUUCAUACAUAUGAACACACGAACAUGAUGUGUUCAUAUGUUCUAAUGUUCAUACAUAUGAACACACGAACAUGAUGUGUUCAUAUGUUCUAAUGUUCAUACAUAUGAACACACGAACAUGUUGUGUUCAUAUGUUCUAAUGUUCGUACAUAUGAACACACGAACAUAAUGUUCAUGUUUAAAUAGUUCGAAAAAGAGGAAUAAGGUUCUGAUCACUUGCCUUUUAGUCAGUUGAAAAUCACUCUAAUAUUAAUGUUACCAUUGAAGCUACCAGUGUUAUUAUUGUAGUUUUAGUAUAAAAUAGUUUCUAAGUUAUAUCCUUUGUGGAAUUGUAACGUAUAAUAUAGUAGCUGUCAAUAACAUAUUUUUAAGAACAUGCGUUUGGAACGAUUCCAACUUGUUGGAGAGAUUAAAAUGUGAAACGAAUUUUUACAAUGGCAACACCAGAUUUGAGAGUUGAUUUUUUUUAUGGAGUACUGUUAAUUUUUCACGUUUUGGAAAUAUUAUAUUCAAUUUAUGCCGGAAUUUUAAAAAUUGUAUUCAUCAAAAUAAAAAAUAUUUGAAUAUAUUAAUCUCUUAAAUUUCAUGUAUAUAGGUACUAUAAAAUAAUUUAAGUUUUUAACAUUCCACACUCAAGUUCAGCCGACGGUAAAAUAACGUACCCAAAAAUAUUGCAAGUUCGGCACUUUUACCGUGGUAUAAAGAUCUGGGCUGGAUAAAUUGAUGUACGGUCAACUGUACUUGCAUAUUUAAAGGUUAUAAUUUAUUUGUUUUUCACAAAUAUCAAUUGUUAAAGUCAAAACAUAACCAAAAAAAAAAA